AUGCUCGUUGCAGUAGUCGCUAUGGCCGCGCACCCUCCUCCCUUUGAGCGGACUAAGGGCAUCAAUGGUCUCGAGAAGCUCAUUGUCCGCGACCGUCGUGGUCGAUCUUUCGAGGUUUAUUUGUAUGGAGGUCACGUGACUUCUUGGAAGAAUGAGAAAGGAGAGGAGUUACUCUUUUUGAGUACCAAGGCUAUAUUCAAGCCUCCAACACCUAUUCGUGGAGGGAUUCCUUUAUUGUUUCCCCAAUAUAGUAGUACUGGUCCACUUCCCUCACAUGGAUUUGUCAGACAAAGGUUCUGGGAAAUUGAUACUAAACCACCUCCUUUGCCAUCACAUCCUUCUAGUGCUCACGUUGACCUCAUUCUAAAAUCAUCCGAUGCUGAUUUGAAGAUCUGGCCUCAUAAAUUUGUAUAUCGUCUGAGAGUAGCAUUGGGGCAUGGUGGAGACUUGACUUUGACAUCUCGUGUUCAAAACGCUGAUGUAAAGCAGUUUAGCUUCACAGCUGGUCUUCACCCCUAUUUCUCUAUUUCCGAUAUAAGUCAAAUCCAAGUGGAAGGAUUGCAAAAUUUGAAUUAUCUUGACCAACAAAAGAACAGAACACGUUUCACUGAUAAUGCCAAAUUUAUAACUUUUAAUUCACAGCUUGACAGGCUUUACCUAAGGGCUCCAAACAAGCUCAGAAUCGUGGACCGCAAGAAAAAGAAGACAAUCAUGGUACGCAAGGAAGGAUACGCUGAUGCAGUGGUAUGGACUCCAUGGGUUAAGAAAGUGAGCGAUUUGGGAGUUGAAGAUUACAAACGUUUUGUUGCUGUGGAACCCGUUGCGGUCGAGAAACCGAUCAUAUUGAAACCUGGACAAGUGUGGAAAGGAGUACUCCAAGUAUCUGUGGUUCCUGGUGCUUAA